AACAAUAAACAAAUUGCCCUAAAUUGAAAUUUUUCUCCAAUUCCCCUUUGUUCUCUGAAACCCUAACAACAUUUUUUCUUCUCUCGAUCAAAAAUCUUCUCAUCAAUGGAGAUUCUAUCUUAAAUCCUGAAAAUUUCUUCAUAAUUACUCGUUCUCUUGUAUUUCUCACCAUAUCCAGCGAAAAGUUGCAGAUUUGUACGUUCGUGGCAUGUUUCUGCAUAUAUUGAUUGGCUUUAGCUGAAGUUUUACCAGUCUGCUUACAUCAUCAUGGCUUCACUGGAUAUGACCCUGGAUGAUAUGAUAAAAAGUCGGAGAAAUACCGAGAGGGGUGGUAGGGGUCAAGGCAGGGCCCGACGUGGAAGAGGGGCAGGGGGGUCAUUUAGAGGUGGAUCAUUUAGAGGUGGAAGGACAACAGGAGCUCCUCGUAGAGGGCCACUUGGCGUGAAUGCUCGGCCAUCAGCCUACACCAUUGCCAAGACUUUCCGCAGAACCAAGAAUUUGCCAUGGCAGAAUGGUUUGUUUGAAGAUAGCCUUAGAGCUGCAGGACUGUCAUCAGUAUUGGAGAGUGGCACAAAGUUAUAUGUUUCUAAUUUAGACGUUGGAGUGACUAAUGAAGAUAUAAGGGAACUCUUUUCGGAGAUGGGAGAACUAGUACGAUUUGCAAUCCACUAUGACAAAAAUGGACGUCCAAGUGGCGCUGCUGAGGUGGUCUUUGCCAGAAGAAGUGAUGCAUUCCAAGCUCUUAAGAGAUAUAACAAUGUACAGUUGGAUGGGAAGCCUAUGAAGAUUGAAAUAGUUGGUUCCAACCCAGAAAUUCCUUUGUCAGCUCGUGUAAAUGUAGUUGGAGGAACCAACCGGAGGAGGACUGUUGUCAUGGCGUCGGGUGGUCCAGCUCGUGGAAGAGGAGCUGCUACUAGUCGUGGUUCUAGUCAAAGGGGCCGUGGUGGUUUGAGGAAUGCACCUAGACGUGGUCGAGGUGGUGGUGGCGGUCGUGGUUUGGGUAGAGGUCGUGGCCGCGGUGGUAGGGGAAGUAGCAGGGGCGCUGAUAAGUCAGCUGAGGAUCUUGACAAGGAACUGGACAGCUACCACGCCAACGCUGACGCCAUGCAAACUUAGAUGUGGCGCUUCCAUAACUUGCGAGUUAACAAGAAGAACUAAUCAUGUCUACUAUGUCUCUGUAUCACGCCACCAAAACUCAUGCUUUCCAGUUGUAGUUUCUUGCCGUUUAUAUGAUUGUACGAUAAAUCGAUCAUUUGAUGAAUGCUUUUUAAUCCCCUAUUGAACGUAUCGUAAAUAGAGUGGUUUAUUUGCCUUCCCAUCUUCCUAUGCAUCUGUAGUUCUGCUUAAAUUAUGCUUAAGGUAAUUAGAUUGUUCAA